UGCAGCUGGCGCAGCUCAGACUCCUAGCAGCGUCCGCCGAGCAGCCAAGCAGCCCCUUUCCCAGUCAUUCCGCGCGCCCGGCCCGGGGCUAGGCCCCCCACCGCCGGGUCCCCCGGGGCUGCAGCAGCAGCGGCGCCGCCCGCGGUUCCACCGGAGCCCGGGCGCCGGCCCCGCUCUGCAGGAUGGGCACGGUGCUGUCUCUUUCCCCCGCCUCCUCGGCCAAGGGCCGGAGGCCCGGCGGGCUGCCCGAGGAGAAAAAGAAGGCGCCGCCUGCGGGGGACGAGGCUCUGGGGGGCUACGGGGCGCCGCCAGUGGGCAAGGGCGGCAAAGGCGAGAGUCGGCUCAAGCGGCCGUCCGUGCUGAUCUCGGCGCUCACCUGGAAGCGCCUGGUGGCUGCGUCCGCCAAGAAGAAAAAAGGCAGCAAGAAGGUGACACCAAAGCCGGCAUCUACGGGCCCCGACCCGCUGGUCCAACAACGCAACCGCGAGAAUCUUCUCCGCAAGGGCCGGGACCCCCCGGACGGCGGCGGCGCCGCCAAGCCCCUGGCGGUGCCAGUGCCCACCGUGCCCGCGGCCGCCGCCACCUGCGAGCCGCCGUCGGGGGGCAGCGCGACCGCCCAGCCGCCAGGCUCUGGAGGGGGAAAGCCUCCGCCGCCGCCUCCCCCAGCCCCGCAAGCGGCACCGCCUGUGCCUGGCGGCUCGCCGCGACGGGUCAUAGUGCAGGCGUCCACCGGCGAGUUGCUGCGCUGUCUGGGCGACUUCGUGUGCCGACGCUGCUACCGCCUCAAGGAGCUGAGCCCCGGCGAGUUGGUGGGCUGGUUCCGUGGCGUGGACCGCUCGCUGCUGCUGCAGGGCUGGCAAGACCAGGCCUUCAUCACGCCCGCCAAUCUGGUGUUCGUGUACCUGCUGUGUCGCGAGUCGCUGCGUGGGGAUGAGCUGGCGUCGGCCGCCGAGCUGCAGGCCGCCUUCCUCACCUGCCUCUACCUCGCCUACUCCUACAUGGGCAACGAGAUCUCCUACCCGCUCAAGCCCUUCCUCGUAGAGCCCGACAAGGAGCGCUUCUGGCAGCGCUGCCUGCGCCUCAUCCAGCGGCUCAGCCCACAGAUGCUGAGGCUCAACGCCGACCCCCACUUCUUCACCCAGGUCUUUCAAGACCUCAAGAAUGAGGGCGAGGCCGCCGCCAGCGCCGGGGGUCCACCGAGCGGGGGCGCCCCCGCCACCUCAGCCGCCAGGGACAGCUGCGCGGCCGGAGCCAAGCACUGGACUAUGAACCUGGACCGCUAAAGGAUACCCAGGGGCUGCUCUCGACUUCCGCCCCUUUCCCCGACACACACUCGGACGCCCCCGGGACCAUCAUGCCACCGCCGCUGUUACCACUGCUAGGCGCCACAGCCUGGCCGAGGAGGAGCCGCCUCUGCCCCGCAGGGGAAGGUGGAGGCUGGGACACCAGAGGCCGCGGCGUUUGGAUUUUUGGAUUUGCUGGGCGUAGAGUGGGGAGGGGGGAUGAGAGCGGGAAGGACACCCCCAACUUCACCCUUUCCAUCUGUCUGCACCCCACCUCUCCAUUUCUGCCCGGGUUGUCCCCUUUUCUGCCUGUGCGCGUCUCUAAGUCCAGCUCCCCUUGGUUUUGUCCAUUUCUUCGCCUCCUUUCUCUCUUCAUCUUUCCUCUUGUCUGUAUUUCAUAUCUCUCUCUCUGCUUUUCCUUACAUUUUUGGUUCCCUGGGUGUGAGCGUUUCCAUCUCCAUCUUACCCCUGCCUGACUGUACCUUAUUGCCCGGUUUCUCCUCUUGCACCUGUGUCCCUAUCUCCUCCUCUUGUCUCUUUUCCCUUGCUCCUGUCAUGUGUCGCCAUCUCCCCUCCUGUCUGCCUUCCCCUUCUAUUUGUGUCAGCCUGUAUUUCUUUCCCUGAGUCCCCUUACCCCCUCCCCAAAUCAAAGGGAACGUUAGUUUUAAUGUGGAUGGUCUGAGGUGCGACUAGACACUGCAGCCCCAGGCGCCCAGACAAGCGCCAGGAUGGUCCCUCGCCCCACCCCCAUCGCCUCUCCCCACCUUUUCCAACGUGUUGCAUGCUGGGAGCUGGGGGGGUGGGAGGAGCUGCUGGCUUCAUUCUGGAGGCUGAGGUUUGGAGGUAUAAUCAACCUGGGAGACCACCCCAGUAGCGGCGCCUCAGGAGACGGAGAGGAGAAAAAUUCUUCUAACCCUGGAAGAGGGGCACCUCUCUUCCUUAUUCUUAGGUUUUUUUUGUUUGCUCCCCUUUUAAUUUAUUUGGUUGUUUUCGGAGGGAGGGGGGAGGGGGGAGGCUGGGCCGGGAACUGUCCGAGGUGCUGAGCUAGGGCGGGGCCGGAUCCUCCCGGGAGAGUACCAGGGACUGGGAUGGGCCUGGGGCCGUGUCCAAGGUGCCAAUGAUGCGGGCCGACGGCGCGGGCCGCACUGUCUGUCUGUCCGUCUGUCCCGGAGAGAACUAUAAAGCGCUGGAAGCGCCUGCAGAUGGU